CGCUGUUGAACUCUUUGCUAACAUUCCUAGCCUCCCUUUGCCUGGCGGAGACUCUGGAGGAUGAAAGUGAUCACGUGUGAAAUCGCCUGGCACAACAAGGAGCCAGUGUACAGCCUUGACUUCCAGCAUGCGGCAGCCUGUAGGAUCCAAAGGCUGGCGUCCGCGGGGGUGGACACCGCCGUUAGGAUCUGGAAGGUGGAGAAGGGGCCAGAUGGAAAAGCCAUUGUGGAAUUCCUCUCCAACCUUGCUCGGCACACCAAAGCUGUCAAUGUUGUACGCUUUUCUCCAACUGGGGAGAUUUUAGCAUCUGGAGGAGACGAUGCCGUCAUCCUGCUGUGGAAGAUGAAUGACAGCAAGGAGCCGGAGCAGAUCGCCUUUCAGGAUGAAGAUGAGGCUCAGCUGAAUAAGGAGAACUGGACUGUGGUAAAAACCCUGAGGGGCCACUUAGAAGAUGUGUAUGAUAUAUGCUGGGCAACUGAUGGGAAUAUGAUGGCCUCUGCUUCUGUGGAUAACACAGUUAUCAUAUGGGAUGUCAAUAAAGGACAGAAGAUUUCCAUUUUCAACGAGCAUAAAAGUUACGUGCAAGGAGUGACCUGGGAUCCUCUGGGUCAAUAUAUCGCGACCCUGAGUUGUGACAGGGUGCUGCGGGUCUAUAGCACCCAGAAGAAACGUGUGGCUUUCAACGUUUCAAAGAUGCUCUCUGGACAAGGGCCUGAAGGAGAGGCGAGAAGUUUCCGGAUGUUUCACGAUGACAGCAUGAAGUCGUUCUUCCGAAGACUCAGUUUUACUCCAGAUGGAUCUUUGCUCCUCACUCCAGCUGGAUGUAUGGAGUCUGGUGAGAAUGUGACAAACACCACUUACGUGUUCUCCAGGGAACAUCUGAAAAGGCCGAUUGCCCACCUUCCAUGCCCUGGGAAAGCGACCCUUGCUGUCCGCUGCUGUCCUGUCUACUUUGAACUGAGGCCAGUGGCGGAAACAGAGAAAGCAUCAGAGGAGCCCAGCCCCGAGCUGGUGAGUCUGCCCUACCGUAUGGUGUUCGCAGUGGCCUCGGAGGACUCUGUGCUGCUGUAUGACACGCAACAGUCUUUCCCAUUUGGUUAUGUGUCUAACAUCCAUUACCAUACCCUCAGUGACAUUUCCUGGUCCAGCGAUGGGGCCUUCCUGGCCGUGUCCUCCACGGAUGGUUAUUGCUCAUUCGUGACCUUUGAGAAAGGUGAACUUGGCGUGCCUUUGAAGGAGAAGCCGGUUCUGGGCGUAAGAACUCCCGACACAGCAAAGAAAACCAAGAACCAGAACCCCCAGGGAUCUUCGCCAGGAUCCAGAUCAGCCGAAGGAACCCCCAGCAACAGAAUCCAGGACCCCAGCAGCCCCUGUACCACCCCCUCACCAACCACACAGUCUCCAGCCCCGCCCGCCGUCAAAGACAGUCCCUCAGCCAUCGCUGCGGGCAAAAGCCCCUUGCCACGGCCUUCUGAGGAGAAGACCCUGCAGCCUGCCGCUCAAAACAUGAAAGCCCCCCAACCCCGCAGGGUCACGCUGAACACGCUGCAGUCUUGGGGCAAGACGGCCCCCCGGAGAAUAAACUUAACACCGUUGAGGGCAGACACUGCACCAAAUCCAUCGCCCAGUAACGGGGCCGCCCCCUCCACAGAAGAGGUCCAGCCAGAGGUGCCUGGAGAGCCCCAGGAUGAGCCUCCCGAACUUAAGAGACCUAAGCUUGAAGAACAGGAAGGAGACGCCCAAAGCCUGAGUCCUGAUGAGACUUCCAAGUCUGCCUGAGGCCUGCUCGGCUGGGUACCCAUGUGCAGAGGAGGCCAAAGCUCGAAGGCUGGUGAUGGUGAUAUUAGAGCGGAAUAAACACUCGUGAAUUGGUUCACAUAGAA